AUGUCUGACACUAUGUUCGACACUUUGAUGGAAAUCCGAAAAGUUAACAAGGAAAUAACAGAACAGAAGGAGAAGCUGCAACAAAACCAUAAAAAACUCAUAGCUCUGGAAGAAAAUAUAAGUAACGUUAAGCAACUGCAGUUGAAAGCUCAAUCAGUGCUUAUUAAUACAGAAAUGAAAUCAAAAGUCAUUGACACUGAACUGAAAGAAAUACACAAGUCAUAUGACAAACUUUUCGAAUAUUGGAAUGAACAUGUUAAAGUAGGGCAGGAGAAUAUUUCAAAUGAUACAACAAGAAAUGUAGAUAUGCUAAGGAAACAGAGAGACGAGUUAAGGGAAAAAGUGGCUAAAGCUAAAGAAGCAAAGGAAGAUGUGGCCAGGCAGUUAAAUGACAUUGAAAUGCAGAUCAACAUACAGAAGAAGAAAAGUGCCGCAACGUUACUCAGGCUUCAAAAGAAUUUAGAAGAAUUACUGCAAGAGGAAACCAAUCUAAUAAAUAAGUUACACUGA